AGUAUUGGUCCCCCUUUGCAGCCGUUGAUUCCGACCAGAUUUUAAGAUCCUUAGAACGUUUUCCUUUCUCAAUAUCCAUGGAGUGAAGCCAAAAGGCCGAGAGGAUAUUCCCAUCUUUUACUCAUCAAAGCUCCCAGAUGAUCGAAACCUAGCUACGUCUCCGUCCUCCAAAUCACAAUCGCCUCCAUCUGUCUUCUUCCCUCCCUAUCGCAAUCGCUUCUAUCUGAGCAGUGGACAUGUGUCCCACAAAUACUUCUAAGAGGACACCGAUUGUGUUGAGGAUGGUUGUGCUGGUCAUUGCAAUGCUUUGUGGUAUUUGUAUUUGCUUUAUUUGUCUAAAGCAAAUUAGCACACGUGUGAAUCCAAAUUAUGUCGUGCCAGGCCCAAAAAUCCAAGUAACCGUGGAACAGUGUCAGGUUUCUAGCACUCACGCUGGGGAGGGUUUACUUUUGCACUAUCCGAAACCAAAAACUUAUAGCAGGGGUGAAUGCAUAUGCAAUCCUGUCCGCUUCUUUGCAAUUUUGUCCAUGCAGAGAUCUGGAAGUGGAUGGUUUGAAACUUUCUUGAACAGCCACAUCAAUGUUAGCUCUAAUGGAGAGAUUUUUUCUGUUAAAGAAAGGCGGAGUAAUAUUUCAUCUGUUCUAGGCACGUUGGACAAAGUGUACAAUCUUGAUUGGUUUAGUAGUGCUUCCAAAAAUGAAUGCUCAGCUGCAGUUGGCUUCAAGUGGAUGCUUAAUCAGGGUGUCCUGAAAUAUCACGAAGAAAUAGUUGAGUAUUUCAACCGCCAGGGUGUUUCUGCAAUUUUUCUUCUCCGGAAAAAUCUUCUGCGCAGGACUAUUUCUAUUCUUGCAAAUUCUUAUGAUCGAGAUGUGAAGCUACUCAAUGGCACUCAUAAAUCCCAUGUCCAUUCACAAACCGAGGCCAAGUUGCUUGCACGGUAUAAGCCAGUGAUCAAUGUCACUUUAUUGCUUCCCGAUCUGAAACGUGCUGAGGAGAUGGCGGUCAAUGCUUUAGAAUGCUUCAAGAGCACUCGCCACAUUAUCGUCUACUAUGAGGAUCUUGUCAGCAACCGCACGAAGCUGAUCGAUGUUCAAGAUUUCCUAAGAUUGCCACAAAGGAAAUUGGAGAGCCGCCAAGUACAGAUACACACCAAGCCCCUCUCCGAGCAGGUCGCAAACUGGAAGGAUGUCUACAAUGCUCUCAAGGAUACGAAAUACGUCAGCUUCCUCGAGAAAUCAGACCGUCGCAUCUAACUCAAGAUUUACUUUGAAUGUCUGUAAAUAAGUUCCAUUCAUUCUUUAUCACAAGGUUCUCGGUAACUUCCAGCGUCCACCAUUUCAGCUGGUUGCACUGAGAAGGUUUUGACUGCGUCCCAGCCUUGUAAUUCUUUUAAUCUUUCAUUCAUUGUCUGUAGGCAUCCUCCUAUGUUGCAAUGUAUAUUGUGGUGGUUAAUGGGAAUGUCCUUGAGGUAUUCUAUUUGUUUGCAAAAAAACUUUUGAUUGUAUUCAUGAA